AUGUCGAUCAAAUAUUUACACACUACACCAAAAUGGCCGUCCCCCUUUAAUAAUAUGAGUUAAUUCUAAUUUAGCGGUGUGAAUGGCGUCUAAUACAGAUGGGAGUACCAGCAAUGGUACCCUUUCUAGAAACUACUCUAUCAGCUCAAGCUCAUCAAGAGAUUACGACCAGCUCAAACAACAAUAUGACAAAGCCAAUAACGAACUAGCCACAUUAAGAAGACGUUGUGAUCAUGCUAUGAAAGAAUUAGAUUAUUAUAGGAGUCAUCAUAGAGUUGCAAUGAAUCAAUUGGAAGUUUCUUCACAAGAUACAGCCGCUUUACGAACAAAAUACGGUGACGUUUUGAAUGAAAAUCAACGAUUAGAACAAAACAUACAAAGCUUAAGAAACGAAUUAUCCGAAUAUCAUCGGCAACAAGAAGUUUUAUUAUCUGAUACGAACACUUCCGAUUCAUUGUACAUGCUAACAAGACACGAUGUCGUCGAUUAUGAAACGUUACGGAAAAGAUAUGAGGAGCUCAUCUCUUCUCAUUCGCAAGCGAUUAAUAAAUUGGAAAUGGCCCAAGUCGAAAAUAAUCGACUCACCAAGAAAGUUGAUGAAUUAUCACAAGAACGAAACACAAUUUUGAGAGACAAUGAUAGUUUAAAAGAACAGAUUACAACAGCUUAUAGCCAAUGGAAUAAGGUCGUUCGGGAUUGCAAUAAGUAUCGGGAAGCCUCCAUAAAAGCCCAACAAAAAUAUGACGAAGCCAUUAAAGAGGUUAACCAAGCAAUGGCGUUCCGAAUGAAAGCUAACAAAGAAGUACAAAGAUUAACUGAUGAAAGAAACGCCACAAUGUCCGAAUAUAAUCUAAUUAUGAGCGAAAGGGACACCGUUCACAAAGAAAUGGAGAAAUUAAGCGAUGAUCUAACCCAAGCUUACAAAAAAAAUAAAUUACUCGAAGCAACCAACAAAGAAUUAAUCGAGGAAAAGCAAAAUUUGAAUUAUCAAAUGGAAAGUUUACGGAGAGAAAUAACGAGUGCCUUAUUAGACCGUGAUAAAGCCUUGAAGGAUUGUAACGAUUUAAGGGAGAAAUUCGGCGAGUACAACGCAUCGAAGGAAGAUUCGAGGGAUAUGAUGACAAGUCGUUUGGAAAGUUUGAAUUUGCUCGGUGAGAAUUCAACGAGAAAGGAGGUUCAGGUUGAUUCAAGGAGUUUCUCACAAAGACAAUCUCGACUCGAUAACCUAGACCAGGCGAAUCAAGAGUUGGAGUCUUUACGGAAAAACUUAGAUAAAGUCCAAACGGAGCUUGCAGAAGCGAUUCAGGAGGCUGAAGUUUCCAAAGGAAGAAGAGAUUGGGCGUUCUCCGAGCGCGAUAAAAUCGUUUUGGAAAGAGAAAGUAUCAGAACGCUUUGUGAUAAUAUGCGUAAAGAGCGCGAUCGGGCCGUAUCGGAUUUAGCGGAGAGUUUACGGGAAUCCGAUAACAUUAAGAAGCAAAGGAACGAUAUGUUAAAAGAAAAUAAAAUGCUUAAACAAGCGUUUAAGCUACACAUGGAUAAAGAAGCUCAAGCUCAAAAUCAAUUUCGGAACAACGAAUACAAUCACUCGCAUGAUAGUGCCAUCGAUAGUGAUAUGCAAGAAUGGGAGACGGAAAUUUUAGAAAUGGAUUUAACGGGAAUCUCUAUGGAGGGCGAUUUAGGGUUUGAAUUGGUUUCGGGCCGCGAAGAUCCUCAUUAUCCGAAUGAUACCGGGAUUUAUGUUGCUUCAGUUACCAAGGGGUCUAUCGCAGAUGGAAAAUUGAGAGUGAACGAUUGUUUAACUCAAGUUCAAAAUUUGGUUUGUUCGAACGUUUCGAAACGGAUGGUGAUCGAAACAUUACGUACAAGCGGCCCAGUUGUCCACAUGGUGAUUAGGCGGAGGAGGAGCGCGAAUUGGUCCCCAACAUCGAAUCAACCGCAAAAUCGGCACCAAAAUAAUUCGAAAGUUGCGCGGUGGGUGUACACGGCGCGAUUAGCCUCUGGGUGCCAUGGUUUAUCAUUGGAAUCAGGGGUUUAUAUAAGUAAAAUAAGCGAGGGAAGCCUCGCUUCGAAAGAUAGUAGUUUAGUGGUUGGUGACCGCGUUUUAAGAAUUAAUAACAAAUCUAUGGACGGGUUAGAAAGCAUCCACGAAGCGUUGGCGAUGCUAAACGAUGACAGAGCUGAUAUGUUAUCGAUAACAACUUUAAAAAUGAGCUAUUUAGACCCCGAGUGCACAACGAACGUGUUCAUGCCCGUUCAACGGUACAAAAAAGAAAAUAGAAGCUCGCAAACCGAGGAUUUUCCUUCGCAAGAUUACGGGAGAGAUUUCGAUCGGAGGUGUUUAAACCACGAAAAGAACAGCGGGGCUUGGUUGAAAGAAAAACUGGAUAUGGUGAGGGGAAGGAGAAACUCCAAAGAUCGGAAUCGAAGCGAAGAAAAGAAAAAAUAUAGAAAUAGCUCCCCGAAUCCGCUUGAUUUAAGCAACGCUACCUUCGAACAAGAACAAGCCAUAGCUGCUUUAGAUAAUGUUAUCGAUUAUCACGAACCGAAAAAAACUAAGCGAAUUUCAACCGGGAUGAGUAGUUCAGAAAAAAAUGGGGGAACUUGGCCUAAGGUUAGAGCUACAAAUGUGCUUCAAAAUGAUACAGGAACAAUCGUGGCAAAACGUAAAGAUCGAGCACCUUUAAGUUUAUUAACAAAUCCGAGUCAUGAUGAUUACGUUCGGCCACCACCGAGUAAUAGUAUAAGAAAUUCAAAUCCGGUGCCGAUUUCUGUUGCGAAUAACGCACGACACAUGACAUCUAAAAGUUUCGACAAUAACAACCCGCAUUUCACGAAAAUGUUCAAGGUGAAUAACUCGUUCGAAAAAUUGAAGGCGAAUAAGAUGCUCGAGUACGAUUCGUCGCGAGAGAAUCGCUUAAGCAUGAAUAUUAAAUCGAAGGAUAGUUUUUAUUUUCCAAAACCUCCUUCGUUAAUUAGCGAAAAAGAUAUUUUGAUUGAUUACAAAAAAAAUAAAAACAUAACCUCGAAAUGUAAUAAUUCAAGUUCUGAUCGGGAUUCGAUUCACACCACUUUAUUCACGAGACCACUCCGUUUACCGAAUUCGUUUCACCCGCACCCACACCCCCAUUCUAAUCCUUCCCCGAUUAAUUUCCCCACGAGUCAUGAAAGUUGCUGUUGCACUCUCCCUCCGGAUACGGCCCCAUACUUAGUCAGACCGAUCCUUCCGCACUCACACACUCAAUAUAGAGACACAGAAAUCAGUAUCAAUUACGACAACGGUACUUAUCCGAGAAAAAAAGAAAACCAACGUAUCCGAAUACCUUCAAAUCCGAGUGUAACCUCAAAAAACUCUGCUGGAAAAUUGAGUACUGGGAGUAUUGAGAGAACUUCCGAGAGGGGUUCCCCAAUGCCAAUUUUUGAAGUGGAAGUGUUAAAUCCAGAAAACGCCGUUAAACGACAUCAUUAUUGUUGGCCCCAUAAACCACUCCCGGGGGAACUUCGAAAGGUUCAUAUCGAUAAAUCAAACGAACCGCUAGGGAUUCAAAUUAAUUGUCCGGAAACUGGGGGGAUUUUCGUUUCUGCCGUAAACGAUAACAGUUUAGCAAGUCGAGUUGGACUACAAAUCGGGGAUCAACUCCUGGAAGUUUGCGGAAUUAACAUGCGUAGUGCCACCUAUGCUUUAGCCGCCAACGUUUUGAGGCAAUGCGGAAAUUCUAUUACGAUGUUGGUUCAAUACAGCCCCGAUAAAUUUUCAUUUUCUGAAUUUCAAGAAUUAGACGGUUCGGGUUCAUGUUCCGGGUCGAGUUCAAACGACGAUGGGGACGGCGAACCAACCCCUUGUAACUCACCGAAAGAAAUACGGAAAAGUCAUCCUGCUUCGCUUAGUUUACCGUUAUCAAAUUUAAGCGGGCAAACAACUUUAAGUCGAUCUUCACAACCAAGUUCAUCGUUACAACGACAAAGUAGCUCAAAUAGGGGUGAAGAUGAACCUCGUUAUCUUUACAUUGAAACGGUAAAAACUUCGAAUUUAGGAAUAUCACUUGUUGGUGGAAAUUCCGUUGGUAUUUUCAUUCAUUCCGUCCAACCAGAUUCGUUAGCAUACGACGCGGGGCUCCGCACUGGGGAUCAAAUCUUAGAAUACAACGGAAGUGAUCUUCGUCAUGCGACCGCGGAAGAAGCCGCGUACGAAUUGGCUAAACCCGCCGAUAAAGUGACCGUUUUAGCUCAUUAUCGGAUCGAUCGUUACAAUGAAAUUAAAGAUAAACCGGGGGAUAGUUUGUACAUCCGAUGUUGUUUUGAUCGUAGCGGGAGUGAUUUGACCGAUAGUUUACAACUUUGUUUUAACAAAGAUGACGUGCUCUACGUGGAUAAUACUAUGUUUAAUGGGAUUCCCGGUCAUUGGAGGGCGUGGAAAUUGGAUUCGGAUGGUCAUCGACAACAAUGCGGAAUUAUUCCGAGUAAAUAUAAAGUGGAAGAAGAAAUUUUAGUGAGACGGAGUAGUACGGAUUUGGAAAAUCGCGGUAGUACCACGGCACGGAGAAGUUUUUUUAGACGGAAAAAGCAUCAAAGAACGGGAUCGAGAGAUUCAAAAGAAAUCGCGACUUUUAACGUUUCAUCCGGUUGGUAUUCCGAUAACGGUAGUUUACACGAAGAUUUAUCGAUGUGUUCGUAUCAACGAGUUGAAAAAUUAGAUUACCCCGAAUUUAGACCCGUUUUGGUUCUCGGCCCGUUAGCUGAAUACGUCGUCGAUAAAUUAGUUAACGAUUUCCCCGAAAAAUUUAAAAAAGUUUUAGCCGAACCGCGACAUUGUACUCAAGCUGCUUUAGAAACUGAGAUGGCCGAGAAUUUAAUUGUCGAUUAUCGAAGGAAAGGAAAUUAUUUCGAGUGCAUUACAGUCGCUGCGAUAAGAUCUGUUUGCAGCGCGAGAUUACACUGUAUGUUGAACGUUUCUGUUUCGUCGGUUGAGAAACUUCACCGAAACCAACUCUAUCCUAUCGUUUUAUUAAUAAAAUUUAAAAGUACCAAACAAAUUAAAGAGGUAAAAGACACGAGAUAUCCGAUGGAUAAGCUUUCUGGUAAAGCUGCGAAGGAAAUGUACGAACACUGUUUGAAAUUAGAAGCGGAAUAUCAUCAUUUAAUAACUGCAACAAUUCCUGCUGGAGUAAAUAUUGCAUAUAUGUGUACCCAAGUGAAAGCUGCAAUAGAUGCGGAACAUACGAAAAGUCAAUGGGUUCCGGUACAAUAAAUAAAAAUAAACUGCCGAAGAAAUCACGCCGAUUUGGUGUGAGCCUUAAAAUUUUAAAAUUUAAAAAUGCAGAUAACGAUGUGAUUAUUAUAAUAUUUUGAUAAGAAAGAAUUUUUACACUUUGUACUUUAAAAGAAAAAAAAAGUAAUUAGUUAGAAUUGUCUUCCUAAAAGGAUUGAAAAAAGAAAUUAAUUUUUUUAACCUUUUUUACUAUCACUAUGAUAUAAAUUUAUAAAAAAUAUGUAACGAAUCUACAUAACCUAGCUUUUAGAACGAAUUCGGAUUCUAAGCUUUUAUUUGUUUAUUUUUAAAUGUUGUUUCUGUUGAUUAAAAAUUUUAUUUCCCCUUUUUUAAUUUUUAAAAAUGUUUAUCAUUACGACUCAUUUCGCUUUGUAAAUAUAACCUUGUUAUUUCUCUAUUGUAUCUCGUCAAAAAAGAUGUAAUUUUGAAGAGUAUUUUAUUAUAAUGUGCACGAGAGAUUAUUCUUUCAGUAUUGUUAUUAUUAUUUUGCAACAACGAAACUUAAAAAUCGUAAAAAUACAAAACAAUUAUUUUAAGGAAGAUUAUUAGAUAAUCAAUCAUCUGGUGGUUUGUAACUUUACAUUUUUUUUUUGUAUUUACUCUGUGAUUAUCCUUAUUAUUAACCUCUUCCAUAUCUGCGGCUAUGGUUUUACUUCUCUUUUUUGAAGAUUCAAUAAAAUUUACACAAAAAUAA